AUGCCGAGCGAGAAGAAACGGAAGCCCACCGCGAGGGCGGCGUCCCCGCCGAAGACCAGGAGGGCCACGCAGCGGCCAGCUGCUGCCGACGAUGACUUCGCCAUAGCUGCGCAAGAGGCGCCCACGGCAAAGCGCGCGCGUGGAGACGCCUCCAACGACGCCUCUGGAUCCACAAGGAGGGCGAGGUUGGCGAAGCCGAUUAUUUCCGAGAAGACCACCACCACCGCGACUUCGCGGAGGACCAGAAAGUCCGCAAGUGCACAGCCCCGCAAGAGCAACCCGAGUGUCACGUCAACGAGUAAGGGAAUGGCGAGCCAGGCUCCAAAGGAAACCCGCAAGAAAAAACCGACUAACGCGUCCUCAAGCCCCGCCGCAUCCGGCACCUCGAGGACCGUCAAGCGUGGGUACCGUUCGGUGAUCCGUUCCUCUGGUAGCUACGUUGAACAGGGACAGGGAGGCCGCGGUGGAGCUCGGCACGCAUCCCGCACCAGCCUUGGCGCUGUGAAUGGCAAGGUGAGCAGUCUCGAACGGUCCAGCAGCGCCUCGGAGAGCAGCCGCGGUAGAAAGACACACCGAAGCAGUAACUGCCUGCGACAGACCAAGAGAAGUUCGUAUGAGGUGACCGCAGACACCACGCGUAGCGGCAUGAAGCGACGCCGCCAGUCUAAGGGCCUUUCGUCCGCGAGCACACACGGAAAGCAGCACCGUUCCCAACGCCCGUCGUCCAGCAGCAGCAGAGGAAGGCCCGACAAGGCGAGAAAGGCCGUAAGCAGCUUGUCGGCGACUUCUGGACGUGGCGAACGGACGAAGGCUGGUCGGGCAACCAAGUAA